GAUUGGCAGCUUUGUUAUUGAUCCGAGAGCGCUGGCCGCCGACCGGACUUCCAGACGGGCUCCGCGAGACCCCUGAGUCCUCGCCUCGCCUCGGGCCCCCAAACUGACAGGUGCUCGGUGCAAGUGGCUGGUGACUUCUCGCCGCUCCCCCGGCUCCCCCGCGUCCCCACCCCCCUCUUUCCUCCCCCACCCCCACCACUUCGGCACAGCUCAGGAUUUGUUUAAACCUUGGGAAACUGGUUCAGGUCCAGGUUUUGCUUUGAUCCUUUUCAAAAACUGGAGACACAGAAGAGGGCUCUAGGAAAAAGUUUUGGAUGGGAUUAUGUGGAAACUACCUUGCGACUCUCCGCUGCCAGAGCCCGCUCGGCGCUUCCACCCCGGGCGGUGGUGAGAGACUCGGAGUCGCCGCUUCCCCAGUGCCCGCCGCGAGGGAGCUCUCGCCACAGUCAGCCAAAUGCUCCUCCUCGGCCUUCUCCUGCUGACAUCUGCCCUGGCCGGCCAGAGACACGGCACUCAGGCGGAGUCCAACCUGAGCAGUAAGUUGCAGUUCUCCAGCGACAAGGAGCAGAACGGAGUGCAAGAUCCCCAGCAUGAAAGAGUUAUUACUGUGUCUACAAAUGGGAGUAUUCACAGCCCAAGGUUUCCUCAUGCUUACCCAAGAAAUAUGGUCUUGGUGUGGAGACUAGUGGCUGUAGAGGAAAAUGUGUGGAUACAACUUACAUUUGAUGAAAGAUUUGGGCUGGAAGACCCAGAAGAUGACAUAUGCAAGUAUGAUUUUGUAGAAGUUGAGGAACCCAGUGACGGAACUGUGUUAGGGCGCUGGUGCGGUUCUGGCACUGUACCAGGAAAACAGAUUUCUAAAGGAAAUCAAAUCAGGAUAAAAUUUGUAUCCGAUGAGUAUUUUCCUUCUGAGCCAGGAUUCUGCAUCCAUUACAACAUUGUCAUGCCACAAGUCACAGAAGCUGUGAGCCCUUCAGUACUGCCCCCUUCAGCUUUGCCACUGGACCUGCUUAAUAACGCUGUUACUGCCUUUAGUACCUUGGAAGAUCUUAUUCGGUACCUCGAGCCUGAUAGAUGGCAGCUGGACUUGGAAGAUCUGUAUAGGCCAACCUGGCAACUCCUUGGCAAGGCUUUUGUUUUUGGAAGAAAAUCCAGAGUGGUAGACCUGAACCUUCUAAAGGAGGAGGUAAGAUUGUACAGCUGCACACCUCGUAACUUCUCAGUGUCCAUAAGGGAAGAGCUAAAGAGAACAGAUACCAUUUUCUGGCCAGGUUGUCUCCUGGUUAAGCGCUGUGGAGGAAAUUGUGCCUGCUGUCUGCACAGCUGCAAUGAGUGUCAAUGUGUCCCCAGCAAAGUCACUAAAAAGUACCAUGAGGUCCUUCAGUUGAGGCCAAAAAUUGGAGUCAGGGGACUGCAUAAAUCACUCACCGACGUGGCCCUGGAGCACCACGAGGAGUGUGACUGCGUGUGUCGAGGGAAUGUGGGAGGCUAGCUGCACCUCACCACCAUCCCUUCCCUAGGACUGUCCAGCAGCUGCUGGUUGUUUUAGAGAACUUACACAUUAUCUCUAACCAAAACCUCGAUUGUUGGCUUCAAAGACCUUCCAUCUUUAGGAUCCACAGCGUGUUCUGAAAGACAAGACACCAAAUGGAGUUAAGAAUUAUGCAAGAGAGCUUUUGAGAAGAGGCCCAAAAGACAGGAGAACAAGUCUUCAAACAUGGAAAAGUGAAAUGUUUUAGAUCACUAGCUAGUUAAGAGCUGCCAUGUUCCUUUUCUACUACCUGCAUUCUGUAUUUUGAGUGUCUUGGUAUGGCUUAGGUUAAUGUCAGUUCAAGAAGAACCUGUAAAAGUGAACACCUGAGGUGCCCUGCUUAACUCUAAAGCUUCAUGUUCUGGGCCUAAAAUCACAGAAAAUCUGGAUUUUUUCCCCUUAUAUUUGCAUAUAUAUAUAUAUAGAUAGAUAGAUAGCUAUGUCAGAAUGCUCUGUGUUCUAUAAACUUGGUUUUUAAAGAGGAACUAUGUUGCUAGGAAUUAAACUGGUCUUAUGCUGAUAGGAAAGACUGGAUUUUCCAUGCUUCUCAUUAAAAUUUCUGCCAUGUAAAAGAAGAGAACUAUAUUCAUGGUUUGGAAGAGGCAAACCUGAAAAGAAGAGUGGCCUUAUCUUCACUUUAUAAAUUGGUUCAUGUGUUUUAUUGUGUACAUUUUUAUAUUCUCCUUUUGACAUUAUAACUGUUGGCUUUUCUAAUCUUGUUAAAUAUAUCUAUUUUUACCAAA